UUUUUUAGAAUAUAUUUUCAAAUAAAUUAAUAUAUGGGAAAUAAAGUCGAACCUGUACGCCAAGAAGGAGACAAGAAAAACUCCAAAAAUACUAAGGAUGAUGACAUCGUUGCUGAAGUAGAUGACGAUCUUGAAAAUGGUCCCGUCUUCAAGAGAAAAUGCACAGAUAUUAUCUGCUGUCCAAUCUUUGUUGCAUUCAUUGUUGGGAUGGCUUGGGCAUUUAUUUAUGGACUAAGUGAAGGAGAUCCAAUUAAACUAACGGUUAUGUUUGAUUACGAUGGACAUGGAUGAGGAUACACGUCCGGUUAUAAGAACUUUGAUUACAUCUAUUGGCCUGAUAUCGACACCUCCGCUACAAGUUUUUCUACUCUACUUCAAAAAACUAUUUGUGUCAAAAGAUGUCCCACCAUUGCAAAUCCACUUGCAUCAGGAGAUUGUACUGAUACAUCUAUCGCAUCUCCUUGCGAAAGUUCUGGAACAGCUUAUGAUUCAAAAUUAUAUUUGAAUAGAUUCUGCGUCCCAGACACUAGCUCUACCUCAGCCACUUCCACUUAUCAAAGCUUCUACGAUUCAGUUAUGGAUGACUGGGGAGGCAAUUAUCUUACUUCGUAUAUGGCUGAUCUGUACACUGUAUGGUGGGUCUGUCUUGUAUGUGCUGGUCUUUCCUUUUUGCUAGGUUUUAUCUACAUGUGCUUCAUUAAAUGAUGUGCUAAGAUAUUGGUCUGGAUCACAAUCUUCCUCGGCUUCUUUAUUAUUUUAGGAGCUGGUCUCUUCCUGUACUUUACAUCCACUCAAUAUGAAGAAGGAGACGAUACUAGAAAUUAUAUGAGAUAUACAGCUUACGGUUUCUUUGGACUUUGUGCUGUUUAUGCUUUGAUCCUUCUAUGCUGCUGCAAUAAGAUUAGACUUGGGGUUGCUAUCAUGCAGACAACUGCUGACUAUAUCAACUCUACCACAAGAAUUUUCUGGGUGCCAGUUUUCUUUUUUGUUUGAAUUCUUUGAUUUCUGGCCUACUGGAUCGUUUCAGCUUUAUUUAUCUGGAGUGUUGGUGAUGUUAAAGCAAGAUCAAGUUCACCUUUCGCAAGAAUUGAGUGGAAUGAAACGACUAGAUAUGUAUUCUUAUACAAUCUGUUCGGUCUCUUCUGGAUCAACGCAUUCUUCAUUGGAUGCUCUCAAUUCAUCCUUGCUGUUGCUUGUGCCACUUGGUAUUUCACCAAUACUGCCGAUUCAGGAGGAAGUGCUUCAAUAAAUAAAGGAUUUAAAUGGAUUCUUAGAUAUCAUCUCGGAUCAAUAGCAUUCGGUUCACUCAUUAUUGCUAUAUGAGAAUUCAUCAAAUUCAUGUUUGAGUACUAUAGAAAGAAGAUGACUGGUAGAGUAUUCAACAAUCCUCUUGGUAAAUGCUUGAUCUGGACUACGAGAUAUUGCUUAAAUUGUCUCAACAGAGUUGUAAAAUAUAUUUCUAAGAUGGCAUAUAUUCAAAUUGCCUUAACUAGUUCAAACUUCUGCAUGUCUGCAUGGAAAGCUUUCAUUCUCAUCUUGGGUAAUGCUGGGAGAUUUGCAGUAGCGACAAUACUGGGAACCAUAUUUACUUGGCUUGGAAAAAUAGCCAUUGUUGGACUAACAACUCUAAUUUGCUACAUUAUCAUAACAAAUGCUAGCAAUAUCAAGGAUGAUAUUACAAGUCCAUUCUUCCCAAUUUUAGCUUUUAUAAUUAUCAGUUAUGUCAUCUCAUCAUUCUUCCUGAGUAUAUUCAGCUUCUCGAUGGAUGUCAUUCUGCAGUGCUUCUUGGUUGAUGAAACUUUAGCUAAGGAUAGCCAGUAUGGACCACAUAGACCAAAGACAUUGGAUGCUUAUGCUCAAAAGAAGAUGCAGCCAAGCAAAUGCUGUGGUUGCUGCUAAUGACAGUUUCAAUUUCAUAAUUACUCAACAAUAAUUUAUUUAUUCGGGGUUUUGG